AAUAUAAAAGCCCAAGAAGCAAAAGCCCGCGAAUUGAAAACCCUAAAUUCAACCCAAUAAAGAAGAAGAGAAAACCCUAUAUACCUUGUUCGAAUCCAUUCUUCCUGAGCCUCCGCCGCUGAAGCACCAUCACCAUCGAGAAUGGUCAGCAAAGAGGAAGUGAAAGCGGUGGUUCCUGAAUCCGUGUUGAAGAAGCAGAAGAGGAACGAGGAAUGGGCAUUGGCAACGAAGCAGCAACUCGAAGCCGCCAAGAAGAAGAGGGCUGUAUCUCGCAAGCUGAUUUGGAGCAGAGCCCAACAGUAUGCCAAGGAAUACGAUGAGCAGCAGAAGGAGCUUGUUAGGUUGAAGCGUGAAGCUAAGCUCAAGGGUGGGUUCUAUGUCAACCCUGAAGCUAAGCUCUUGUUCAUCGUCAGGAUCAGAGGUAUCAAUGCUAUGCACCCCAAAACCAGGAAGAUUCUGCAGCUUCUGCGUUUGAGACAGAUCUUUAAUGGUGUAUUCCUCAAGGUCAACAAAGCAACCGUGAAUAUGCUACAGAGAGUAGAGCCUUAUGUUACUUAUGGUUAUCCUAAUUUGAAGAGUAUCAGAGAAUUGAUCUACAAGAGGGGAUACGGGAAAGUUAACAAACAGAGAAUUGCUUUGACAGACAACUCUGUUAUUGAACAGACUCUUGGGAAGCAUGGAAUUAUUUGCAUUGAAGAUCUGAUCCAUGAGAUAUUGACUGUUGGACCUCACUUCAGGGAGGCCAAUAACUUCCUAUGGCCUUUCAAGCUCAAAGCUCCUCUUGGUGGUCUGAAGAAGAAAAGAAAUCAUUAUGUUGAAGGGGGUGAUGCUGGCAACAGGGAAGAUUACAUUAAUGAGCUUAUUAGGAGGAUGAAUUAAUUUUAGUCAUAUCUUGUUAAGUAUAAGAUUAACUAUUGAGGUUUGUUCCAGUUUUGCUUUAAACAAUUUUAAUCAUUUUGUUUCAAAUGAUGCUUGAGAUGAUCGGGAUAUUUUCAUUGCUUGCAAUGCUUCGUUUUUCAAGUAA